AUGAAGGCGGACGAAACGAUUCUGCGAGGCGUGACGACAUUCGCGGACUUGUCGUAUCACUUCGUCAUUUCGUGCAAGGCGGGGAAGAUGAGUAUUUUGCUGAAGGAUCGGAUGAGCAAGAGGCAAUGGAGCACGGGAUACUUGUCCAUGGAAGAGUACACAACACCGAGAAACAGCAUCCAGGAUGCAUCCACUGAAGACUAUGCCAAGGUACUAAGGGUAACUUGCGCCUUACUUGUUUCUUCCUCCUUUCAAGCGAUUCUCAAGCAGCGUUUUAUUGGCUACCAGCUUUCAAGCUCGAUCUGCUCAAUUCAUUCGCAAGUUGACGCCUCAGGAGAACGGCGGCUUAGAGCUAGAGCUCUCGGUGAAUUCACAGUACUUCAGGCAACCUGGACGGUGUCUUACGUGUUUCAGCUGGAGCAUAUUUCGGUCGAGCGCAUUCGCGCUCUGGAGGCGCGACUGCGUAAUGCUGAAGAUGAGCUGAAGGCGGCUCGAGUGCGUUCAACGCAGGAGACUGGUAAUGGAAUGAUAUACCUGGAGUGCACCUCAAGCGAGAACGCUGGAAUGAACCGCAAGGGUCAGAUCUGUUGGAGUAUGAUCGAUGCAAAUGGUUUCGAGCUCUCGGAGGGGAACUUCGAGAUACGCUGCCUUGUGAACGGGUGGUACGUUUUGAGUCUAGCAGUGUUUUUGACGCCCACGACGACGUGGGGCUUGAUUGAACUGCAGCUUAAUGGGCAAGGUAUCCGCCGCGACCGUGCAGUUCCCAUUGCGGGGCAGCCCUGCAGUGCUUCCUGCGUUCGCAGCUCGCACCUGAAGAAGAAUGACGUGCUGACUGUGGCUGUCGGUAGCGCUCUGAACAUUGCGGCUGCACUCACUAUUGUGCAACUCAGGGAUUAA